AACACACACGUGCUCAUUGAAAAUGUUGUGUAUUUUUAAUUUAAAGUUGACAUAUGUGGUAUGCAAAAUUGGGAAAAACUUGAAUCUUAACACUUUGAGUGCCAUGUCACCCACCGGUGGGUGACACUAACAACUUCGAACUUGCUCACUUCAUUUCAAUGUUGAAUCCCCAAACUUGCAACACUGCUUUCCUAAGAAAACGGAGCAUGUCAGUGUAAUUCCAAUUUUAUGAUGAUGUUACUUACAGCCAAUAGAGGGUGUUUAUAGCAUAAAAAGCGUCACCCACCGGUGGGUGACAGAAGCAAAUUCCAGGACUCGCAGUUUUGCAAUACCUGAACUUUUUCAAAAAAAACAUCCAGGCAUUAUUAUUUCAUGUCCAUGGAGUCCUUUGAUUAUAUUUUUACUGAAAUUCCAGACAUUCCAGUCCAUUCCAGAAUUAUUUCAUCUCAGAUUUUGAAAACAACUUGAAAAAAAUGUGAUAAAUUCAAAAAAUCUAAGGAACAACAAAGUAUGAUAACGAUCUGAUGUUUCUUAUAAAAAUUGUAGUACAUUGAAGUAUGAGUUCAAGAGAAUUUAGACAAGGUGGUAGUAAAACUGUGCAAGAUUCUGAAGAUGAUAGCAUAGAAGACGUUUCUGUUGUUGAACUUAGCCUUAGUGAUAGUGAUCAAGACGAUUCCAACAUUGACCCAUUAUAUACUGCAGAUGAUUCAACUGCAAAUUCAAAUUCUGAUGAAAGUACCUUUGAUGAGGAAAGUGAGAAAUCUGAUGAUGGAUCUAGUGAUGAUGGAAACAAUGAUAAUGAUACUGACUGGGGAAUACUUACAAACGAUCCAAAAAUAUUCAGAUUUCGUUCUCCACCUCAAGCUGCACUUCAUCCUCGAGAAAAUACACCUAUAGCGUUUUUUGAAUUGUUCCUAACAAACAAAUUACUGAAUACAAUGGUAGUUGCCACCAAUAAGAAUGGUGAACAGCUGAAAAAUAGUCGUUUGACUCGUCACAGUCGAUUCAAGAAAUGGAUCCCCAUUACUAAAGCAACAUUGAAAAAGUUCAUUGGACUUCUGCUCUAUAUGGGAGUUGUCAAUUAUCCAGCGCUAUGGAUGUACUGGAGCAAGAAACCACUCUAUAAUAAUCCUCUAGUUCGAAAUUCUAUGAGUAGAAAUAUAUUUCAAUUGAUACUGAGACUAUGGCAUUUCAACAAGAAUGAAAGAGCUGAUGAUCCAAAUCGAUUGAAAAAAUUGACUCCGCUAGUUCUAAGUUUGAACAAAUCUUUCAAGUUGCGUAGAAAAUUGGGCCAAAAUUGUGUAAUAGAUGAAUCAAUGAUACCCUUCCGUGGAAAAUUGAACUUUCGUCAGUAUAUCCCUGGAAAAUCACAUAAAUAUGGUGUAAAAAUAUUCAAAUUAUGUGAUCCAAUGGGAUACACGUAUUCUUUUUGUAUUUAUGCAGGGAAAAAUAUGGCCCAACAAAAUAUGAAAACUGAUGAUUUAGUGAUGAAACUUAUGACACCCUACUUGAAUCGAGGUCGAUUACUAGUAGUUGACAACUUUUACACUUCAGUUCCAUUGGCUGAAAGAUUGCUAACAAAAAAAACAUACAUUUUAGGAACUGUAAGGUCUAAUCGAAGAAGAAUACCAAAAAUUCAGCUGAAAGAUUUAGAACGAGGUGAUCUGGUUGCGUAUGAAAAUAAAAAUAAAGUUGUUUUCAUGGCUUGGAGGGAUAAAAGAUUAGUGCAAAUGCUGAGUACGAAAUUUAGGUUGGAUCUGCGUGCAAUCAAAAAAAAAAGACAAUAAAAUUGUAUACAAACCAAAUUUUGUUCUGAAAUACAAUGAAAGCAAACAAGGUACUGAUAUAUCCGACCAGUUAUCUUCUUAUCAGACUGCUGUAAGAAAAACUGUUAGAUGGUACCAUAAAGUUGCCGAAGAAUUACUUCUUGGAACUGCUUUAGUCAAUUCAUUGAUAUUAUACAAUCAGUAUAAUGCACGUGUCCCUGGUUUUCAUCCUAUGUCACUAUUGAACUUUCGUGAACAAAUAAUCUAUUCAUUACUAAAUAUUCAAGGCCCUCCAGCUUCAGUACAUAUAGCUAGACAUAAAGACUUACAUACGCUGUCUAAAUAUGUUGUAAGGGAUGGAUCUAACCGUCUUCAUCGAAAAGGAUGCGUGAAUUGUUACGCCAAUCAAAGGACUUCAAAAACUCGAGCAGAAACACGAAAAAAUGUGAAAAAGGUGUCAACAUUCUGUGAAAAAUGUCCAAAUAAGCCAGCCAUGUGUCACAAAUGUUUUCAAAAACUUCAUACUUGAUAAUUAUGUGAUAUACUUUUGUAAUAUGUAGAGUUUGAUAAGAAAGUUUUUUUAAAAAUUGA